UUCGCAAUAUCAGUUUUCAACGACGUGAUGAAUGUGUUCACGUUACAUGUGGUAUAAAUGUAGUAGUGUUCCCACUGAAAACGUUGAAAUAGUUGCUUCCAAUAGCGUCAAUGUACGUAACGUAGCGAGGUCCGCAUUGGCUGUCCCUCAAGGUGUGUGCACGCCUGCCAUUUAACCACUUGUUGAUUGCAUGCUGGUGCCAAGUGAACGGGUUAGUUCGGCAGACCGGUCUUUCUUCGAUGUCCUCUGAUACAAUGGCAAAUCAAUACCACAAGCUUGAAGCCAAAGCUGUCCAAGAGCUGAAGGACAUCGCUAACAAGAUCCGCAUCCAUUCUAUCAGUUCCACGCAAACGGCAAAGUCAGGACAUCCGACGUCAUGUUCGUCCAUCGCCGAAAUCCUCUCGGUUCUUUUCUUCAACACCAUGCGCUACAAAGUUUCCGCACCUAAAGAUGCUUCCAGCGAUAGAUUCGUGCUUUCCAAGGGUCAUGCAGCCCCAGCUUUGUACGCGGCAUGGGCCGAAGCCGGUCUUUUCCCAGUCGCCGAUCUGCAAAACCUUCGAAAACUGGGUUCCGACUUGGAGGGACAUCCCACCCCUCGUUUGAAUUUCGUUGACGUCGGCACCGGUUCUCUUGGACAGGGUUUGGCCAUUGCUGGUGGAAUGGCUUUCGUAGGUAAAAACUACGACAAAGCUAACUACAGGGUAUAUUGUCUCGUUGGAGAUGGCGAAAGCGCCGAGGGUUCAAUCUGGGAGUCCAUCCAUUUUGCUAGCUACUACAAACUUGAUAAUCUCUGUGUGAUUUUUGACGUAAACCGUCUUGGGCAAUCGGAACCCACUUCUCUGGGUCACGAUAUCGAUACAUACCGCAAACGCUUGGAGGCGUUCGGGUUUAAUGCAGUGGCUGUCGACGGGCAUGACGUCGAGGAGCUAGUGAAAGCCUUCCAUGUUGCAGCCAGCACCAAAGGCAAGCCCACUGCAAUCAUCGCGAAGACUUACAAAGGGAAGAACUUCCCGAAAAUCGAAGAUCUGGAAAAUUGGCAUGGCAAGCCUUUGGGGGAUCAAGCGGAAAGAGUGCUUCAACAUCUGAAAUCUUUAGUCAAGAACACAGGACCGUUGCAGAUCCAUCCACAGAAACCUUUGGUGGAUGACGCUCCUGUUGUUGACAUUACCAACAUCAAACUGUCUUCAGCACCGUCGUACAAAAUCGGCGAUAGCCUUGCUACGAGAGUAGCAUACGGUACUGCUUUGGUUAAAAUCGCACAGAAUAACCCAAGAGUGAUUGCUCUUGAUGGUGAUAUGAAAAAUUCAACUUAUUCUGAAGCGUUGAAAAAGUUCGAUGCAACGAGAUACAUCGAGUGCUUCAUUGCUGAACAAAAUCUCGUAGGUGUUGCUAUUGGUGCUACUUGCAGGGAUCGCACAGUUGCGUUUGUUUCCACAUUCGCAACUUUCCUAACUAGAGCUUAUGACCAGAUUCGUAUGGGUGCUAUUUCUCAAACCAACGUUAAUUUCGUUGGUUCUCACUGCGGUGUGAGUAUUGGUGAGGAUGGACCUAGUCAGAUGGGUCUUGAAGACAUCGCCAUGUUCCGUACUAUCCCCGGAAGUACCGUAUUUUACCCCGCUGAUGCUGUUUCUGUAGAACGCGCGGUUGAAUUAGCAGCCAAUACUAAAGGAAUCACCUUCAUUAGAACAAAUCGUCCAGCGACGGCUGUCAUCUAUCCCAACAAUCAAGUAUUCGAGAUCGGAAAAGCCCACGUCGUGAAGAAGUCCGGCAACGAUCAAAUUCUCGUGAUUGGUGGCGGCGUUACUCUUCACGAAUCCAUCAGCGCGGCCACCGAAUUGGCCAAAUCGGGUGUUGGCGUGAGGGUUUUGGAUCUCUUCACUGUCAAACCCCUUGACAAGGAAGCUAUCAUCAAAAACGCUAAAGAAUGCGGAGGAAGAAUCCUCGUGGUGGAAGAACACUACUACGAAGGCGGUAUCGGUGAAGCUGUAACUGCUGCCGUUUCAGAAGAACGCGAUAUUAUUGUGAAGCACAUCGCAGUUCCCAGGGUUCCGCGUUCCGGAACUCCUACUGCUCUUCUCGACUAUUAUGGCCUUAACUCCAAACACAUUGUCAAUUACGUGCAAGACACCUUGAAAUUGUAGUUUGUUAACAAUUUUAAAUUUGACAUUCCAUAUAUUUGUAAAUGGAGCUUGGGUUGUAAACAUUCCAUUUGUAAUUUGAAAUUUUUAAUAAA